ACUGUGCUCAGUUUUUGGAGGUCUGUAGGUGAUGCACAUGCAGAGGGGAGUGGGGACACUUGCUGGAGGCUGUUCAACCACUUGCCUUGUGACAUUUGGCACCACUAAUUGCCUCUCUGAUUAAUUAGACUACCUGCGAAGGUGCAAAUUGUAGCUGGGAGAUUCCCGGCUGUGCUGUGAACUCCUGCUGGUACCGUCUCUCUCAUCUCAGCAUUUACCAUGACACCGGAUAGAGACGCCUGUGGGACACGAUGACAGCCGACAAGGAGAAGAGAAGGGCGAUCAGCCGGGAGGCGGCCAGAAGGAGACGCCGGGUGGAGUCUGAUGUGUUUGGAGAUUUAUCUCGACUCCUGCCGCUCCAACCCACUGUCCGAGCUCACCUGGACAAGCCCUCAGUCAUUCGCCUCACCCUCAGCUACAUACGCACACAAGCACUGCUCAAAGAAAAGACUGGGACAAAAACAGAGGCCAGUGAUGCAGUAAAAUAUGUACAAGUGAUGGAAGGUGGAGAGAACCGGCGAGAGUGUGACAGAGGAUUUGAAGAGGAGGAGAAAGAAACUGAGUAUGUGGAAGCCUCGGAGGAGGCGAACAUGUACCUGAGGAUCCUGGAGGGGUUUCUGAUGGUCCUGUCCACUGAGGGAGACAUGAUCUACCUGUCUGACAAUAUCAGCAAGUACAUGGGCUUGACACAGACUGAGCUGAUGGGACACAAUAUUUUUGAGUUUACUCACCCCGGUGACCAUGACGAAAUCAGAAGUAAUCUACGUCUUACAGCAGAGGAAAUUUGGUGGGGUGCAAAGAGGGACUUUGUCUUGAGGAUAAAAAGUGCUCUGACACACAGAGGAAGAAGCGCCAACCUCAAGUCAGCUACGUGGAAGGUUCUCCAUUGUCAGGGCCGAGCGAAGGUGUGUCUCACCCCAUCUUCGGUUUCCUGCCUGGUGCUGACCUGCCAGCCUCUGCCGCUCUCGCACAUGCUCCUCAGCAUACACACCUUCACAAGCCAGCACAGCAUGGACAUGAAGUUCACAUACUGUGACCAGAGAGUAACUUCGCUGUUAGGUUACCGUCCUGAGGAGCUGCUGGGCCGUUCCAUCUAUAAUCUCUGUCACACACUGGACACAAAGUGUCUGACCAAAAAUCAUCUGAACUUGUGUUGUAAGAGUCAGUCAGUCAGCGGUCAGUACAGGAUGCUGGUGAAAAAUGGAGGUUACGUCUGGGUGGAGAGUCACAGUGCCGUCAUACCCAGCGUCCGGCCCUCCAAGUCCAGGUUCAGCGGCAACCAGCCACUCUGCAUCCUUUGUGUUACCUAUGUCCUCAGUGGUGUGGAGGAGCCGUCCCUGCAGCUCUCGUUGGACCAGACAACCUACAGAUAUAUGAGCUGAAGCUGCAGUCUGAAGAAAACAACAACAACAAAACCCUUGUUCAAAAAAACAACUAUCUUCUCUACCUCUGUCUGUGAAUUCGUAAUUCUUAAUAUUUUCAUUUAUCUAACUUUUAUUAGACAUAAAACAUUCCAAUGUAAAACGA